UUUUUUGGAAGUCCAGUUAUGGUGAAGUCGAGUGAAAAAGGGUGUCAGUCUAUAGCACCUUUUCUGAGAAAAUGUUAUGAGAUGGUAGAUGAUGAGGCGACGGAUUCAGUAAUUUCAUGGACCCAGAAUAACAAUAGUUUCAUAAUUUGGGAUAUCACUGAAUUCUCAGUUCGUUUGCUUCCUCAGUACUUCAAGCACAGCAAUUUCUCUUCUUUCAUCAGGCAACUCAAUAUUUAUGGUUUUAGAAAAAUUGAUACCGAUCGUUGGGAAUUUGCAAAUGAUGGAUUUAUCAGAGGUCAAAAAGUCUUGCUGAAAAAUAUUGCUAGGCGGAAAUACUCCCAGGGAUUUGAGCAGCGUAAAUCAUUGCAGCAGCAGCCGGAGAACUCGGUUGGAUCUUCUGAAAACAAUGAAAAUAUUAAGCUGUGGAAGGAAGUUGAGAAUUUGAAGACUGAUAAGAAAGCUCUUACGCAAGAGUUGGUUAAACUCGGGCAGUGCCAGGAAAUUGCGGACAAUAAGUUGCUUCUCUUGAAGGAUCGUCUUCAAGGAAUGGAGAAAAGUCAGCAGCAGUUGUUGUCGUUCUUAAUAAUGGCGAUGCAAAGCCCGGGAUUUUUAAUCCAACUGAAAGAAAACAAUUGGCUCAUGGCCGAAGCAAACAAUAUGCUAGAACAGGCAACAGAGGAUGCUGAACCAGUGGCAUCAGAUCAUAUGAUAGUACAGUAUCAGCCACCAACCAUCGGAACUUCGAAGCCGGCAUUGACACCGAUAAUAGAUACUGCAAAUCCUAGUGAAUCUGAUGGUUCUUUGGAUGGAGCGGAAGAUUUUUGGAUGGAUAUUGAUUUUGUUAAAGAACUUAUGGAUGAUAGUCAUAUGCCUUUGGUUCAGCAGCCGAAUUUGCACGACGUUGGUGCUUGGGAAGAGCUUUUACCGAAUAAUUUUCCGGUGAACGAUGAUGAUGAAAAUCGAGACGAGGAACCCACCAAGUGUUGAAUCGAAAUGGAGAAAACAGGUUCUGCAGCUCAUUUGGAAAAAUCUCAUUGUUUUGAGCUUUUACCACAAAUUUAUGGAGAAAUCUGCACACCUCGAGAUUGAAUGCAUCACCAUUGCAGAUAUCUUAGAACUUGGAGGAUCGUAACUAUGGGCAUGGCCAAAUUUU